GAUUAGAAAAAGGGUGUUCGCUAAUUGGAUAAAGCGCAGAGGAAUCUAACUCGCCUUGGCAAUUCCGUAUUGAUUCCACAGAAAUGGAGGAGAACAAAAGCACCAUAACGGGCCGCCUUCAGGCUAUAAAGCGCAAGAGUGGCAAGUCCUACAAUCAGUUGGCUGAGGACACUGGACUCACCAAUGUCUAUGUUGCCCAACUUCUCAGGCGUCAAGCUCAGCUCAAGCCUGAGACUGCCCCUAAGUUGCGGGCAGCGUUGCCUGACCUGCCCGAAGAUCUUGUGCAUGAGAUGAUGAAACCCCCCAUGAGGUCUUUUGACCCUAAUCUUAUCCAAGAACCCACCAUUUACAGGUUGAACGAAGCUGUUAUGCAUUUUGGGGAAAGCAUCAAGGAAAUCGUCAAUGAGGAGUUUGGAGAUGGGAUCAUGUCAGCUAUAGACUUCUACUGCUCAGUUGACAAAGUUAAAGGAGUCGAUGGGAAGGAUCGUGUGGUGGUAACAUUUGAUGGGAAAUAUUUGCCAUAUACUGAGCAGAAAUCAGAGCACAUGGUUUCCAGGGGAAGGCUUCCGGGAAGUCAAUGAGUAUCCUCAUGCAAGUUCCCUUACAUGUUGCCUAUAGACAUUGGAAGAGAAUAAUGAAAUCAUCAUUACUCUCUGCACAUUCAGGAGCAUCUUUUAGAUUAUAUGUUACAUUACAUUGCAGUACUGGCUUAUGUUGGUAAUAUCAUGAUACUGACAUCGACUAUGGAUAUAGAUAUAUAAAUAUAUAUAUUUUUGAGAAA